CAGCGACCAACUUCGGAGAGGCCAGUCACUAACGUUAGCCCUUUUAGCUGCACACGACUAGCUACUAGCUAGCCGGCGGCUAACGAGCGAGCCAAAACAUCAGUUUGUCUUAAUGCCGCCUGCCCUAUUAAGCCAUGGCACGAGAACAGUUCUCACAAAUCGAAUGCGAACUAUAUUACCUCAUUGCCAGGUUUCUGCAAUCUGGACCUUGUCAAAAAGCAGCACAGGUUCUGAUCGAGGAGCUGGAAGAGUAUGAGUUGAUCCCACAACGAUGGAGUUGGGGCGGAAAUAAAUAUAAACGGACCUUCCAAGAUUGGGUGGUUUUGAAUGCGCACAUUCCUGCCGACUAUCUUCUUCGUCUUUGUAAACGUAUAGGCCCACUUGUAGAGAAGGAGAUCCCUCCUAGUGUUCCUGGAGUCCAAACACUUCUGGGCCUGGGAAGACAGUCUUUGCUUCGUACCACCAAAAGUUGUAGUCACAAAGUAUGCAGUGGUUCAGCUGUUGCUGCACUUCACAGGGGACGUCCCCCGGAACCCCCAGUCAUCAAUGGAUAUUCUACCAAUGUUGUGUCCAUCAUGGGCGCUCGUCAGACCACUGGUGCAGUUCGUUUUGGCCAGGUGCUGCCAUGUUCUUCCUACCAACACAUGAAGAUACACAAACGUAUCCUUGGCCAUCUUUCUUCAGUUUUCUGUGUCGCCUUUGACCGCACUGGUCGUCGAAUAUUUACGGGUUCAGAUGACUGCCUUGUAAAAAUCUGGGCCACAGAUGACGGGCGGCUUCUUUCAACUCUCCGUGGCCACUCAGCAGAGAUCUGCGAUAUGGCUGUCAACUAUGAGAACACACUCAUUGCCUCGGCUAGCUGUGACAAAAUCAUCAGAGUGUGGUGCCUGCGGACAUGUGCGCCCAUUACGGUGCUUCAAGCGCAUGCUGCCUCCAUCACAUCCAUUCAGUUCUGUCCUUCCGCUAAGGGAACGACGCGAUACUUGGCCUCUACAGGUGCAGAUGGCAUGGUGUGUUUCUGGAAGUGGUACUCUCUCAGCAUGAAAUUCAAUGAUCAGCCUGUCAAAUUUGUUGAGCGGUCACGUCCAGGUGUGCAGGUCUCCACUUCUUCCUUCAGUUCUGGUGGAAUGUUCAUGGCGACGGGUGGUAGCGAUCACAUGAUCAGGGUGUACUACCUUGGUGCUGAAACUCCAAUGAAGGUGUCAGAGUUGGAUGCUCAUACAGAUAAAGUUGUGGUAGUCCAGUUUUGCAGUACCAGUGACAGUCUCAGGUUUGUGAGCGGCAGUCGCGAUGGCACAGCCAGGAUUUGGCAUUACCAACGACAGGAGUGGAAGAGCAUCGCUUUAGACAUGGCUGCCAGGCUUCCAGGGAGUUCUGUCGUGAAUGGAGACGAUAAAACCAAGCUGGUGGUGACCAUGGUAGCUUGGGAUCGCACAGACCACGUCCUCAUCACAGCGGUGUCAAACUAUCAGCUCAAAGUGUGGAACACAACUACUGGAGAGCUGCUGCAUGUUUUGUCUGGUCAUGAUGAUGAGGUGUUUGUGCUGGAGGCGCACCCAUUUGACUCCCGCAUCAUGUUGUCAGCCGGCCAUGACGGAAACGUUUACAUCUGGGAUGUGACCACGGGAGUGAAGAUUCGCAACUUCUUCAACAUGAUUGAAGGCCAAGGUCAUGGAGCUAUUUAUGACUGCAAGUUCUCAGCCGAUGGGCAGCAUUUUGCCUGCACUGACUCACAUGGCCAUUUGCUCAUCCUCGGCUUCGGUUGUAGCACUCCAUAUGAGAAGAUACCUGAGCAGAUGUUCUUCCACACGGAUUACCGGCCUCUUAUCCGUGACUCCAACAACUACGUCCUGGAUGAGCAGACGCAGCAGGCCCCGCACCUCAUGCCUCCGCCCUUCCUGGUGGAUGUCGACGGGAAUCCCCACCCUCCACACUAUCAGCGCCUGGUGCCAGGAAGAGAAACCUGCAAGGAAGAUCAGCUUAUACCUCAACUUGGAUACAUGGCUAACAGUGAGGGGGAGUUGGUUGAGCAGGUUCUUGGCCAACAAACUGCGGAAAAUGGUGAAAACAUUUUGGACAACCUCAUCAGACAGUUGCAGAAUGAGCAGGAUGAGCGUCAGAAUGCAGAACGCCAGGCUGAUGAAGCUGAGGGUGAUGCAGUGGAGGUGGUUGCCUCCUCUCCAACUGUGGGUCCUCGCAGGAGUGGGCAGGUGGAUGGCGUGUGGCAGAUGCAGCAUAAUUCCCUGCGUAGUCAGUUGGCAACCGAGCGAGACCUGCUGGCCUGGAGCCGCAGGGUUGUGGUCAAUGAGGUGCCACAAGGAAUAUUCAAAGUUAUGGAGGAAAGCAGACAAGCCAAGAGUGACAUGGAAUGUUUUUUGUACAACGCAGAGAGGAGGAAAAAAACUGUAACUUGUCCACCCAAGACGCAGCCGUUGACAACAAGGCUGCGCUCCUUGCGGCCGACAAAGAAAAAGCCGAAGCACCACACAUAUCAGACGCGCUCAGCUCAAAUCCGCCGUCCAAACAGGAGUGGCCGUGAACGUACUUCUGGCAGCCAUGUAGACUCCGACAGUGAGAGAGACGCAGCAGAACAAGCAGUGGCCAGCGAUGCUUCCUCUGACAGUGAAGCUCGGUGGCAGAGUGAAAGCAGCUCCAGUGACUCCUCCAGCGAGUACUCAGACUGGACUGCCGAUGCAGGGAUCAACCUGCAACCCCCGAAGCGCUCAAGCAGGAGGCUCGUCCAGCCCUCAUGUUACAGCAGUUCCGAGGAGGAGGAAGCGGAUGACAAUGCAAAGGAGGAGAAGAAGGAAAGAGGGGAGAAGAAGAAAAAGCCCAAAGAGAUCAAACAGAAACCCACAACCUCUCUGGGUGGACUUGACGCGGAGGCGUGGCUUCCACCUUCAUGGAUCAUGGAGACCAUCCCGCAUCGUUCCCCUUUUGUACCACAAAUGGGAGAUGAGCUCAUCUACUUCAAGCAGGGCCAUCAGGCCUAUGUUCGAGCGGUCCGUAGGGCCAAGUCUUACAGCAUCAACCCUCAGAAGCAACCAUGGAACAAACUCAACCUCAGGGACCAGGAAUCAGUGAAGGUGGUCGGAAUUAAGUAUGAAGUGGGACCUCCCACUCUCUGCUGUCUAAAACUGGCAUUCUUGGACCCCGUGUCAGGGAAGAUGACCAACGAAUCAUUCUCCUUAAAGUACCAUGACAUGCCUGAUGUCAUAGAUUUCCUGGUAUUGCAACAGUUCUACAAUGAGGCUAAAGAGCACAACUGGCAGCCAGGUAUGAGAUUCCGCAGCAUCAUUGAUGACGCCUGGUGGUUUGGCUUAGUGGAAGACCAAGAGCCUUUGCAACUGGAAUAUCCAGACAGCCUUUUUCAGUGCUUUGCAGUCAAGUGGGAUAAUGGUGAGCAGGAGAAAAUGAGUCCUUGGGACAUGGAACCUAUUCCCGAGGAAGCUGCAUUACCUGACCAGGUGGGUGAUGGUGUGGAGGUGGCAGAGGAGGAGCUCCAAGCUCUGCUCUACAAGCCUCAGGAAGGAGAGUGGGGUGCUCACACGCCAGAUGAAGAAUGUGAGAGGAUCAUCCAUGGCAUCGAUCAGCUGCUUACACUUGAUGUAGCCAAACCCUUUGCUUCACCUGUAAAUCUACAGCAGUAUCCUCUGUACUGCACUGUGGUGGCUUACCCCACUGACAUCAGUACGAUCCACAAACGUCUGGAGAACCGUUUCUACAGACGCAUCUCCGCUCUGAUGUGGGAGGUGCGCUACAUUGAACACAACGCCCGCACUUUCAACGAACCCCAGAGCCCAAUUGUAGCAGCAGCCAAAGUGGUGACCGAUGUUCUCCUCCGCUACAUCGGAGACCAGAGCUGCACAGACAUCUUGAAUCUUUAUCAUAAACUGAAGUCUGAGGUCAGCAGUGGAGAAGAUCAAGAGGUAGAGCUCGAUGUGGAUUCGGACACUCCAGGGACAUCCACAGGACGUCGGGAAAGCAACUCAAAGAAGCGCGGUGUUGUUUUAGAUGUGAGAAUGUGGCACGGUCAGUGUCGAGAGCUGCUGCGUAAGAUGAUCUCCUCCCCCGAUUCUCAGCCGUUCAGACAGCCAGUGGAUCUCUUUGAGUAUCCGGUAAAGCAAUCAGCAAGAACAUCUUGUAGUCUUCACACAGUGAUGACAAUUGGAGCUUUACUGAUCUCCUUUGUUCAGGAUUAUCGAGACAUCAUUGACACACCCAUGGAUCUGGGUACUGUGUCGGAGACGCUGGUUGCUGGGAAUUAUGAGAACCCGAUUGAGUUUGCCAAAGAUGUCCGCCUUAUUUUCAGCAACUCCAAAGCAUAUACACCUAACAAGAAAUCUCAGAUCUACACCAUGACCCUCAGCUUGUCUGCCUUCUUUGAAAAGAACAUCAUUGCCAUCAUUUCUGAUUACAAGUCAGCCAUUCAAAAUGAACGACGAGCUCGUCAAAGAGAGAGUUACAGGAAUAGGUUGCACAAUGGAGGCAGCUCGCCAACUAUGAGCUCCAAAAGGAAGCACAAGUCAGGAACAUUGUCACAGCCCAAAAAAGGUCAGACCUCAGUGAAGAAUCGCUCUCAGAAACCUCAUCUAGCCCAGCAAAGCAGCAAUGGAGCACAAGAGGAGGAGGAGGAGGAGGAGGAGGAGGACGACGUCCAGGCUUCUUCACCCAGUUCAGAGACCAGUAGCGACAACAGAAACCAGAAGCGUCACCGCAAAAAGCCCACCAAGAAGUCAGGAUUCAAGCUCAAGCUGCCGCAGAUGACCAUCUCAGAGCGGCGGCGCGGUCCAGACCGGCCUCAGUCUGACGACGACGGGGAGGAGUCCCGGUCCAACAGCUCAUCGUCCUCGUCAUCCUCUGUGUCGUCGUCUUCUUCGUCGUCUUCGUCGUCGUCGGAGAGCGAGAGCAGCUCGGAAGGCGAGGGGGAGAAGUACGUGGAAGGAGGAGAUCACGACUACAGCAAAGCGCCGUGUUUGUCGCUGCGUCUCUCUCUGAAGGGCAAGUUGGUCGCCUCAGGGAAGAGGAAACACAAAGAGGAAGAGGGCAUCUCGAAGGGCGUGAAGAAAGCACGAUUGCAGCAGCCCGUAGAGGAGGAAGAGGAGGAGAACGAAGAAGAAGAAGAAGAAGAGGAGGAGGAGGAGGAGGAAGAAGAGGAGCUGCUACAGCCAGGAAAUAUCAAACCAGAUCAGCAAGAGGAAGAAGAAGAAGAAGAAGAGGAGGAGGAGGAGGAAGAGGAGGAAGAAGAAGAGGAGGACGAGGAGGAGCAGCAGUUCACAACAGGAGCAGCAGUGGCUCCGCCCUCUGCCAAAGCCUCAGGGAGUUCUCGCCAGGUGAUCACUCGCAACCGAGGCCGCAGGACAGUGGUGUACCAGGACGAGUCAGAGGACGAUGGUCAUGGCUCCAAGGACGACCCCCUUAACCUGGGCAGGUCACGCUCGGGACGGGUACGUCGCAUGACAGAGAAAGCUCGCGUCAGCCACAUCAUGGGUUGGAGCCACUGAACCUCAGAAAAACACUCAGCUACACUGCAGGGAUUUUUCUUCUUUUUGUACAGGUGUGUAUAGAAUAAAUAGGAAUCUAAACCAUGACUUUUUCCAUCUGAGACUGUUCAAUGGUGCUAACAUGUUGCCAAGGUGGGGUGUUUGCCUCCCUGGCUGAUAGCUGCUGGUCAUCACGGACCUCCUCCUUCACCUUGGCCUUACUGGUACCCCUCUUCCUCUGCUUUUCAUCCUCACAGUCCAGCCUUCUUUCUGCUUGUUCACUCUCCACCGGCCACCAAAGAAAGAAAGCGGGGAUGCAGCAACAUGAUGCAUGUUCUCUGUUCAGUAUCUGUUGAUGUUUUCACUUCCUGCCUUUUCCUUCCACACCUCUCGGCACGUCGUCGUCAUUCUGAUGUUGAUGUGCUUCACAAACUAGCACCAAGAAGAACUUGUAAAUAUUACAUCUUUCCCACUCGCUCCCCUUUAAUGGCAUUAAUUGUUUUUUUUUUCUUUUUCUUCGUGAAAUAUCUGCAUCCUAUUUGUACACUUCCAAGAUGGAUGCCUCCAUGUAGGCUUCCUCUCAAAGGGACUCUGGUAUCCAGACUAUCUUCCACAGAUAUAUUUAUUUUUCCAUUGUAUCAUACUUGCAUUGACCGUGAAAUAUUUUGCACAUUUUUAUCUUCUCCAUGUUGGCAGCUUAGUCAUGAAGAUAAUGGAGGAAAGGUGAACAUUUUUGUGUGCCAGCACCGUCUCAUUUCUAAUUUUCCCAAACAAGCAAAACGGGAUGCGGCUAAAAAGAGAAGCUGUUUUGAGAUUUCUGGAAUCACAAUAUGUCCACUGAUGUCCACUGAUGUUUACAGGGUGCCCAAAUCAGUCGAUUUCAAACAACCUGUAAACAAACGGCACGAACUUGAUGGGUUAUUUUCAUUUAUGUAGUGGAUGGAUCUCAAGUCUGGCUUAGCAUUAGUCCACACAUAAAUGUAACGUUCUACUGUACUGUAGCUGGAACAAAUCAACUUUGUGACUUUUAUAGGCGGCGUUCAGAUUUUUUUUUUUUUUUUUUUUUUUAAUAAACAAUACAAAUUUCUUAUGAGCUUUUUGUUUUCUGUCCCUUGGUGUACAAAGAGUGGCCUGGGGGCCAUUUGUACAGUGAUACCUCUGUUUUUGUUGUUAAUCAGUUCAAAAAGGUGAGACAAAAACCAAAGCAACUGCUCAAGGCUGCAGACCUUGUGUUUUCAAAACUCCUUGCCUGCGCUUUCCUUAUUGAUAUAAUUUGAAUAAAUAUUAGGGCUGUCAAAUGAGUUAACAUUUUUAAUCAGUGUAAUCAAGCUGAUUAAUUAAUUAAUUGAUUUCCAUUGAUCUUCUUCCGCAUAUCUGAGAUCGGGUCGUGGGGGCAGCAGCAGCCUAAGCAGGGAAGGCCAGACUUCCCUCUCCCCAGCUACUUCGACCAGUUCCUCCCAGCAGAUCCAAAGACGUUCCCAGGCCAGUUGAGAGACAUGGUCUCUCCAACGUGUCCUGGGUCUUCCCCGAGGUCUCCUACCACUCGGACGUGCCCUCAACACCUCUCCAGGGAGGCGUCCGGGAGGCAUUCUAACCAGAUGCCCAAGCCACCUCAUCUGGCUCCUCUCAAUGCAGAGGAGCAGCGGUUCUACUCUUGAGUUUCUCCCGGAUGACAGUGCUUUUCACCUUAUCUCUAAGGGAGAGCCCAGCCACCCUUUGGAGAAAACUCAUUUCGGCCGCUUGUACCUGCGAUCUUGUCCUUUCGGUCACUACCCAAAGCUCAUGACCAUAGGUGAGGGUAGGAACGUAGAUUGACCGGUAAAUUGAGAGCUUUGCCUUUCAGCUCAGCUCUCUCUUCACCACAACAGGCCGAUGCAGAGUCCGCAUCACUGCGGGAUCUCAUCCCCGACCCGGAGAUGGCACAGGUGCUGAUUCUCAUCUCAGCCGCUUCACACUCAGCUGUGAACUGAUCCAGUGAGAGUUGAAGGU